GGAGAAGCAGGCUCCCCGCUGAGCAGGGAGCCCGAUGCGGGACUCGAUCCUAGGACCCUGGGAUCAUGACCUGAGCCGAAGGCAGACGCUUAACCAUCUGAGCCACCCAGGCGCCCAGGACUUAAUGUUUUCUAGAACGAUUAAAGAAUUCUGCAUAGUUUUCAGGUGGCUAGGAUUAAUGGAUAAAAGUAUUGUGAAGUUGACUUGCCCAUUAUAAAUAAGAAAUGUCUGAGUUACUCUAUGAAGGAAUGAGCUAACAUGACAGAUUUGAGAAGAAGGUGGAAGCUUCCUUUUCUAAAACAGUUCUGAGCCGAGGAAUGGAUAACCGGUACCUGGUAUUAGCAGUCAAUAUUGUACAGAAUGAAGAAGGAACCCAUGAAAAACACCUAAUCAUCACUGCUUCCCAGUCACUAGAAAAUAAAGAACUGUGUAUCCUUAGGAAUGACUGGUGCUCUGUACCAGUGGAGCCAGGGGACAUCAUUCAUUUGGAGGGAGACUGCCUAUCUGAUACUUGGAUAAUAGAUGAAGAUUUUGGAUAUUUAAUUCUAUACCCAGACAUGCUGAUUUCUGGCACAAGCAUAGCCAGUAGUAUUCGGUGUAUGAGAAGAGCUGUCCUGAAUGAAACUUUUAGGAGCUCUGAUCCGGCCACGCGCCAAAUGCUGAUUGGUACAGUUCUUCAUGAAGUAUUUCAAAAAGCAAUAAGCAAUAGCUUUGCCCCAGAAAAGCUACAAGACUUUGCUUUACAAACUGUUCAAGAAAUAAGGCAUCUUAAGGAAAUGUAUCGCUUAAGUCUGAAUCAAGAGGAGAUAAAACAAGAAGUAGAGGAGUAUCUUCCUUCAUUUUCUAAAUGGGCCAGAGAUUUCAUGCAUAAGUACACUUCAGGUGACUUCCCACAGAUGCAGCUCUCUCUGCCAAGUGAUAGUAAUAACACUAAUUCAACAUGUAAUAUUGAAGUCAUAAACUCAUUGGACAUUGAAGAAAGCAUUUGGUCCCCUAGGUUUGGAUUGAAAGGCAAAAUAGAUGUCACAGUUGGUGUGAAAAUACAUCGAGGAUGUAAAACAAGGUAUAAGAUAAUGCCAUUGGAACUUAAAACUGGCAAAGAACUAAAUUCUAUUGAACACCGUAGUCAGCUUGUUCUGUACACAGUGUUGAACCAAGAGAGGAGAGCUGAUCCUGAGGCCGGCCUGCUCCUUUACCUCAAGACUGGCCACAUGUACCCUGUGCCGGCCAACCAUCUUGAUAAAAGAGAAUUAUUAAGGCUAAGAAACCAGAUGGCAUUCUCUUUGCUUCACCGUAUUAGCAAAUCUGCUAUUGAAAAGGAGAAGACACAGCUUGCUUCUUUGCCACAAAUAAUUGAGGACCAGCAAACUUGUAAAUAUUGUUCGCAAAUUGGCAACUGUGUUCUUUAUAGCAGAGCAGUUGAACAACAGAUGGAUGACAGUUCAGUCCCGAUUGGCAUGCUGCCCAAAAUAAAAGAAGAAACCCAACAUCUAAAGCUUACACAUUUGGAGUAUUUCAGCCUUUGGUGUCUAAUGUUAACCCUGGAGUCACAAUCAAAGGAUAAUAAAAAGAAUCACCAACAUAUAUGGUUAAUGCCUGCUUCAAAAAUGGAGGAGAGUGGCAACUGCAUUGGAAACCUGAUUAGAACAGAAUGUGUUAAGACAGUUUGUGAUGGACAAUAUUUACAUAAUUUUCAACGUAAAAAUGGUGACAUUCCUGUCACAAAUCUAAUGGCAGGUGAUAGAAUUAUUUUAAGUGGAGAAGAGAGAACAUUGUUUGCUUUGUCUAGGGGAUAUGUAAAGGAGAUUAACAAGACAUCAGUAACCUGUUUAUUAGACAGGAACUUGUCAGUACUCCCAGAAUCAACUUUGUUCAGAUUGGACCAGGAAGAAAAAACUUGUAAUAUAGAUACCCCCUUAGGAAAUCUUUCUAAAUUGAUGGAAAAUACUUCUGUCAGCCAAAAACUUCGAGAUUUAAUCAUUGACUUUCGUGAACCUCACUUUAUAUCCUACCUCAGUUCUGUUCUUCCAUAUGAUGCAAAGGAUACAGUUGCCUGCAUUCUAAAAGGCUUGAAUAAACCUCAGAGGCAAGCAAUGAAAAAGGUACUUCUUUCAAAAGACUACACACUCAUCGUGGGUAUGCCUGGAACAGGAAAAACAACCACAAUAUGUACUCUUGUAAGAAUUCUCUAUGCCUGUGGUUUUAGUGUUUUGUUGACCAGCUAUACACACUCUGCUGUUGACAAUAUUCUUUUGAAGUUAGCAAAGUUUAAAAUAGGAUUUUUGCGUUUGGGUCAGACUCAGAAGGUACAUCAAGACAUCCAGAAAUUCACAGAGGAGGAAAUUUGCAGAUCCAAGUCCAUUAAAUCUUUAGCUCUUUUGGAAGAACUCUACAAUAGUCACCGUAUAGUUGCAACAACGUGUAUGGGAAUAAACCAUCCAAUAUUUUCUCGUAAAACUUUUGAUUUUUGUAUUGUGGAUGAAGCCUCUCAAAUUAGCCAGCCAGUCUGCCUAGGGCCACUUUUUUUUUCUCGGAGAUUUGUGUUGGUGGGGGAUCAUCAGCAGCUUCCUCCCCUGGUGCUAAAUAGUGAAGCAAGAGUUCUUGGCAUGGGUGAAAGCUUAUUCAAGAGACUGGAGCAGAAUAAGAAUGCUGUUGUACAAUUAACCGUGCAGUACAGAAUGAACAGUAAAAUUAUGUCCUUAAGUAAUAAACUGACAUAUGAAGGAAAGCUGGAGUGUGGAUCAGACAAAGUGGCCAACGCAGUGAUCAGCCUACCUCAUUUUAAAGAUAUAAAGCUGGAACUGGAAUUUUAUGCUGAUUAUUCUGAAAAUCCUUGGAUGAUUGGAGUAUUUGAGCCAAACAAUCCUGUUUGUUUUCUUAAUACAGACAAGGUUCCAGCACCAGAACAAGUUGAAAAGGGUGGUGUGAGCAAUAUGACAGAAGCCAAGCUAAUAGUUUUCCUGACCUCUGUUUUUAUUAAGGCUGGCUGUAAACCCUCUGAUAUUGGUAUCAUUGCACCCUACAGGCAGCAGUUAAAGAUCAUCAAUGAUUUAUUGUUCCAUUCUUCUAUCAGGAUGGUCGAAGUUAACACUGUAGACAAAUACCAAGGAAGAGACAAAAGUAUCAUUCUGGUAUCUUUUGUUAGAAGUGAUAAAGAUGGACCUCUUGGUGAACUCCUGAAAGAUUGGCGACGUCUUAAUGUUGCUAUAACCAGAGCCAAACAUAAACUGAUUCUCCUGGGAUGUGUGCCCUCACUGAACCGCUAUCCUCCUUUGGGGAAGUUACUUGAUCAUCUAAACUCAGAAAAAUUAAUCAUGGAUCUUCCAUCAGAGGAACACGAAAGUCUUUGUCAUGUAUUGGGUGAUUUUCAAAGAAGAUAAAGCACUGUUUUCUUUGAUUUCUCAUACUGGCAUAUGAGAUCCUCUCUAAAUAUUACCUGUUACUUGCAAUUUGGAUGUGCUAUGAAAGCAGUGCCUGGUUAGAUUGUGAAGAUCACUUUUUUUUUUUAAGAUUUUAUUUAUUCAUUUGAGACACAGAGAUACAGAGACAGAGAGAGAGAGCAUGAGUAGGGGGAGAGGCAGAGGGAGAGGGAGAAGCAGGCUCCCUGCCGAGCCAGGAGCCCGAUGUUGGGCUCGAUCCCAGGAAGCCGGGACCGUGACCCGAGCCGAAGGCAGACGCCCAACCAUCUGAGCCACCCAGGCACCCCUGUGAAGAUCACUUUUAUCCCAAGGGUAUGAAAUGGUAUAAAUGUACUUUGUUGAGAGUUCCAGUUUUUUGUUUUAUUUAAUAUUUUUUUGGUAGUCUUGUUAAAGUUCUAUCACUGUGUAAAAUUUAACACACUAUUAAUUUUUUCAGUUUUUCCAAAACUGAAAAGUCUUAAGUUUUGUAGGUACUAUCAAUGUGUUUUUGUGUGACCUAGAAAGAGUUUGAUAAAUUUUUACCAGCUUUAGUAAUAGAUUAACUUUUGGAUCUGAGAAACUUUAAGUCUAAAAUUUCAAUACUGAUUUGAUUUUGUAGAUUUCUGUCAUAUUUUUUUUAUUUAAGAGAUUAGGUAAAGAAAAUUCAUUUGUUUUUUCACUUAAGCACAAUCUUGUGAUGAUGAGAACACAAGUGUGAUUCUUUUCUGUGUUUGGGUUUUUCUCCUGACUGUUGCAUUUUGGUAUAAGGUACAUUUUCACUUUAAACCUAGGCUUUUAAAUUAUUACUUAUAAAUUAAUUAUUUCCAAUUAAUUUCUGAUUCCCCUUUCUCACUUGUUAUUUUUAGUAUUCAAUAUUCUAUAGAUUUUGAUAUAAAAGAAAAUAAUUUUUUUUUAGUUUUUUAAAAUUGAUGACAAAAAGGUAUGUAUAUCCCUAUUUUUUUUUUAAAGAUUUUAUUUAUUUAUUUGACAGAG